UAAAGAAACUUGGACCUCCAGAGCUUUUCUUUGCUGAUAAGCAGGGCUGACUUCUGGCCCAAUUUUCUUCCAUUAAAGAUCCUUAAGCAAAGUAAUGCUUGAGUCUUUUUCUUGCUUAGUAACCCAUUUCAUGCCUAUUGUAAGAAAGUUCUUUAUAUAUCAAAUAUUCUUUCUAUUUCAGGCAAAAAAAAAAAUUAUUAAGUCCACAUUUGUCUAGCCUUGACCAGAUAAAAUUAUAUAUGUAAGCAGGAAGGUAUACUGACUGACUUCUGGUCAGCCUCCCAGGCCUAUUUCCAUGAAUCUUUAUUCUGGGAUGGCUUCUAUGUCUUAAUGCUAACCUCCUCUGCAGCUUAUGUUCAGGAGCAACCCCCCCGCCAAUCCUCUUCCUCUCAGUUCUCUUCUUCCUCAGAACUGGACCUCUGCACAUCCAGGCCCAGGGAAUUUUAGCCUGGAGAAUUUUAACCCUUUUCUGCUCAGAGCAUGUGCUGAGCCCCUAUCUGUGCAGAUGGCCCAGCCCCGCCCCCCGUCCCUCACUCCAGCCUCUUGAGCUCAGAGCCAGUGUAAUCCUCCUCUUGUGUGAGCGAGCCUCUCCCCUGCAGAGAGGAGAAAAGCCUGCUUCGGAACAGCCCUGGACAAAGGGGCUGAGAUGCCCCAGCAAACUGCAGGUUCCAAGGUUUGAAACACGGGAAUGAAUCCUAUCCGGUAUUUGCAGUUUUUAGCCCCUUCCCCAGGCCAGCAGCGCCCCUUAACUUCCACUCCUCCCCCAACUCUUUCUUCAUUCCCUCUCCUUCUGGCUCUCUCCCCCUUCGUGCCCCUCCCCCUCUGUCUGUCUCCAGACUGCUGCUGCUGGGAGGUGUUUCUCUCCCAUGCAUGAAUGAGUCUCUGUAAUGAAUGGAAAUGAAUGGAUCAGGAAUCCAGGCAGAGGGAGGGAGAAUGAGGGGGAAAGACAGAAAGAUAGGGUAAGAGCAAAGGAAGGACUGUGGAGCCUGGAAGGAUGUUUGGCUUGCUGGUCAGUUAGGUAUCUGAGAGCAACUGUUCCCACUUGGAUAACUGUGGAGCAUGGCAAGCCCACCCCAUUUGCUCAUCAAGCUGCACACCCCAAUCUAAAGGAGGGAGGGCUAUACUGUGAUUGUCUCCCCCACCACCAGGGGGUGGUGGUGGUGAUGGUUGUGGUUGUUCUGGACCAGGCAUUUAGAACGUGUUUGGGGGAAGAAAUCUAUGUUCUCAGGAAGCUUGGGCAUUGGCAAAUCAAGGAGUACAAGUUCUGGAGACAGCAGCCGCCUCCUGCCUCAGGAUGCAAGGAGGGAGAAGGGUUUCAGGAGUACAGGGUGCUAAAAGUCUUGAGUUGGGAGUGACUAUUUCCACUGCUGAAAAUCAGGACUUAUCUUUUCCUCCAAAUCUAUCUCUUUUGCUUUAGCUCUUCAGCACCUGUUGCCUUCACUAGCAGCUUUUCCUCCUCCUCUUCCCUGAACUCCCCAGAACCAAAGAAUGUGAAAGGGGUCCAUGGAGGGCUCACGUCCCCGCGCCCUGGGCGGCCACUUAGCGCCCUCACCGCCGGCCUUCGACGGAGAACUGGAUCUGCAGCGCUACUCCAACGGACCAGGGUCUCCAGGAAUGGGAGCGGUGGGCUGGUCUGAGAGUCGCGCUGGCGAAAGGCGCUUUCCCUGCCCUGUAUGCGGAAAGCGCUUCCGCUUCAAUUCUAUCCUGGCUUUGCACCUGCGGGCGCACCCAGGCGCCCAGGCCUUCCAAUGCCCACACUGCGGCCACCGUGCAGCUCAGCGGGCCCUGUUGCGCUCGCACCUGCGCACGCACCAGCCAGAGCGCCCGCGAAGUCCCGCCGCACGCCUGUUGCUGGAGUUGGAGGAACGCGCGCUAUUGCGCGAGGCCCGGUUAGGAAGAGCCCGAAGCUCAGGGGGCCUGCAGGCCACUCCUGCCACUGAGAGCCUGGUGCGGCCCCAGGCUCCAUCAGCAUCCACCUUCCGUUGCCCCUUCUGCAAAGGCAAGUUUCGCACCGCAGCGGAGCGGGAACGCCACCUGCACAUCCUGCACAGGCCCUGGAAGUGCGGCCUAUGCAGUUUCGGCUCCAGCCAGGAGGAGGAGCUGCUGCACCACAGCCUGACGGCCCACGGAGCUCCUGAGCGCCCUCUGGCGGCCACCUCGGCUGCCCCGCAGCCUCAACCUCCACCCCAACCUGAACCCAGAUCAGUCCCUGAGCCCGAGCAGGAGCCGGAGCCGGAGCCGGAGGUGGAGCCCGAACGUGAGGCAACCCCAGCCCCUGCUGCUCCUGAGGAACCCCCUGCGCCUCCAGAGUUCCGUUGUCAAGUGUGUGGCCAGAGCUUCACCCAGUCCUGGUUUCUCAAGGGCCACAUGCGCAAGCACAAGGCCUCUUUUGAUCAUGCGUGUCCCGUGUGUGGCCGUUGCUUCAAGGAGCCCUGGUUCCUUAAGAAUCACAUGAAGGUGCAUGCCAGCAAGCUGGGUCCACUGCGUGCCCCGGGGCCUGGCUCUGGGCCUGCCCGGGCUCCCCAACCUCCUGACCUGGGCCUGCUGGCCUAUGAGCCGCUGGGCCCCACGCUCGCUGUGGAGCCAGAGGAAGAAGAGGAGGUGGUGGAGGCCGAGGAGGAGACCUGGGCCCGAAACAGGGCGCUGGGCCCUCUGGCUUCGCUGCACCCACGCCCAGGGGAGGGGCCAGGGCACUCGGCACCUGCUUCGGGGGCCCAGGCAAGGCCCGCUGCCGCGCAGGAAGAGAAUGGGCUGAUAGUCGGAGGGAACCGGUCUGAAGGGAGCCGGGGGGCCACCGGCAAAGAUUGUCCUUUCUGCGGAAAAUCAUUCCGCUCGGCGCAUCACCUCAAAGUGCAUUUGCGAGUGCACACAGGCGAGCGCCCCUACAAGUGUCCGCACUGCGACUACGCGGGCACCCAAUCUGGCUCGCUGAAGUAUCAUCUGCAGCGCCACCAUCGGGAGCAGAGGAGCGGGGCUGGCCCAGGGCCACCACCAGAGCCGCCCCCUUCCCAGAGGGGUUCAGCCCAGACGUCUGGAGCCAAGGUGGCUCAGCAGCCUGCGACUUGGGUGGAGGGCACCUCGAGCCCCCGGCCUUCCAGCAGCACCGCGCCGGGGUCCCGUAGGAAGCCUGCCAGUCCUGGGAGGACCCUGCGCAAUGGGCGAGGCGUCCACCGUUGCCUCUUUUGCCCCUUCGCCACUGGAGCCCCCGAGCUCAUGGCCUUGCACCUGCAAGUGCACCACAGUCGCCGGGCUCGGGGCCGCCGGCUUCCCCAGGCUGAUGUGUCGCUGCCCUAUGUCCGAGCACCAUCAGGAGAGACCCCUCCCAGUCCUCCUCUGCAGGAAGGGGAGGAGGGCCCCGGGCUGUUGAGAUCCGGAGAGGUGGGGUUGGGGGGGCAAGAACGGUAGGAAGCCCUCUUAGGGGCUGUUAGUUUAGUGAGCUUACCCUGCAGGAGCGGGGGAGCACUAGAGGUAGUUGGGUAGAGCAGCCAGCAGGGGGGCAGUGUGGGACCCAUAUCCCAGCCCCAGGUGGACCAGAGGUAAAGGGUAUGGAGGGCAUAGGGGGGUGGGUGGGCGGUAUGCACCCAGCCCAGGGGAGUCACAGUGCCUUAGAAGUGGCAGGGGUGAGGAUCAAAGAAUGGGUUCCCAGGGCUGGCAGAGAGGAUUGUGCCCCUGUUGAGGAGAUGCUCUGCCAGUCCUUGCUGGUCCAUAGGCAUGAGAGUUUAUUUUUGUACAAUGGGUGGGGGUGGGGGGCACUGUACCCUUCUAAGCCCCUUCAGGGGUCCUGUAGACGUCGCUAUUUUUGGUACGAUUCCUGUCAUCCCUGUCGCAGAGUUGUGUCCCCAAUAAACAGGUGUCUUGAGGCACAGGGA